UUACAAACGAAAGUGAUGUUAUGUUGCGCUGGUCGACGCUGAAAACCCUGAAAACCCAGAAAGCCGAUCUCACAGGUGGUUUUGAACACCUAGAAUUAUGAUUUCAAAGCGAUUUAUCUGUUUUGUGAUCGCUGUUUUAUGGUGGCAAGAAGAGGUUUCAGGUCAGUGCUCUCAGAACAAGUAUGGACCAGACUGUAAAUAUGACUGUCACUGUGGUCCAGGUGUGGACUGUAAUCCUCAGACAGGCUGUGGUGGAAACUGUGCUGACGGAUGGGAUGGGUCGACUUGCCAGAGACAGAAUGUGGCUUUGCAACAGGCAGCUAGUCAUAGUCCAGACACAUAUUGUGAAGGGGGUCCUGACGGGUGUCACAGUGCCAGCUUGGCUGUAGAUGGUAAACGAGGGCAUAGCUUCUUCAACACUCCAUGUACUCAAGCAGGUCGUACAUCUAACCUUAACACCCUGGCUGAGUGGAAUGUCACCUUGGAUCAGACCUACAACAUCUACAGAUUCGCCAUCGACGUCAGGCAUGGUGGUUGUUGUAGUGGGCGUAUCAAUCAAUUUGUGCUCAGCGUAGGUGAAACAUCGUCUGGUUCAGCGAACUACCGAGAAUGUUACAGAGACCAAACACAAGGAGGCCCAGAUAGCGAUGGUCCUGGUCCAACAAUCAAAGGGAAUUGUGGGAAUUACACUCCUCUGAGAGGAAACGUCGUCCAGAUUAAACAGACACGAACGUACCCACUGACCCUUUGUGAAGUGCUGAUAUACGUUUGCAGUGAAAAAUGGUAUGGAGAAGAAUGUAAUUAUGAAUGUGAAACCUCUUCAUACUGCUCACAUUGUGAUAGCAGUCAGCUGAGAUGUGAAGAAUGUAGGAACAGUGCAUGGGGUGAGCACUGUUUUCAGAAAUGUUUUUGCCUGGGUGGAGCUCAGUGUGCCAAGACCGAUGGCAGAUGCCCUGAUAACAAAUGUGCGGCUGGAUAUAAAGGACUCUCCUGUAAUAUAGGUUGUGAUGGAGGAGAGUAUGGCCCUGACUGUGGGCAGAGAUGUGGAUACUGUGCUGAGGGAAGAACAGUCUGUAACAGAACAACAGGAGAAUGUCUGGAUAGGUCACCGGAUCCUAGAUGUCAGGCCGGAUACCAGGGAAUGAAGUGUGAUGAAAAGUGCACAGCAGGUACUUAUGGUGCGGACUGUAAGCAGCCUUGUGGUCAAUGUGCAGGUGGCUCAGAUAAGUGUGACAGAGUGGACGGGCGGUGCCCAAUCACAGAGACAUCAAGAUGUGCCCCAGGCUGGAAGGGGAACAAGUGUAAGACAGGUGAGCUAGCCUAGGCUACACGUGGUAAACCUGAGCUUAAGGAGUUUUUGUCUAGGAGUAAUUGUAUAAAACCAAGUGCAAAUUCUUCUUUUUUAUAUUCAUGUAACGUGCAUUUGAAUUUUUGAAUUGUUUUUUAUUUCACCAGAAUC